CUCCCUCCCUCCAUUUUUAACUAACUUUUUAACCAAUUUAUAAGUCCCUUUUUCCUCAGCUCUUUUGAUCAAUCCACACACACACUCACACAGUGUAUUUGUAUUAUAAUUGUUCCGUCCAGUGGUGUUCUGGUAGCACAGUUGAGUUGAGCUCAUCAUCCAGUACCUACGCUCCACACUCACUGCUCAUUCAUUCAUUUCAUCCAUUUAUAGCUUUUGAUUUCAUUAAAAAGGUGUCACCCCUCCCCACCAUUAAUUCAUCAUCAUUCAUUCAUUCAUUCAUUUCCUCCCAAUUCUACUGUCUCUCACCCCUACACACAUUCACACAGUACUCCCUCCCUUCCUUCCACUUUUCUAAAAUUACUUCCACUUCUCCAAAAAUUUGUCAUACCUUUUUUCUUACAAUUCUCUGCCCAUCCGUCCUCCCCUGACUUCAUCAAAAACACUAAAAAUUUGGUUGGUUUUGCCAAGUGUCAAGAAAUGAGCAGCAGUGUACAAAAAAGAGGAGUCUUGCAAAAACUCACAAUUUUCUGCAUUUCCUUGGUGAUGAUGGUGGCAUUUGCAACACCAACUAGUAGAACUAGUAGUAACUCUUCUUCAACGAGUUUGUGGGUUGGAUCAAAAUAUGAAAUUGAGUGUACAAUGUGUGGAGCUUGUGACAAUCCUUGUUCCUACCCAUCUCCACCGCCUCCUUCUCCUCCGCCACCUUCUCCGCCUCCCCCUUCCUCAAGCUCCUCUAACUGCCCGCCACCACCUAGCUCCGGCAACUAUUACUACUCGCCGCCUCCUCCAAGCCAGCAAAGCUACUACGCUCCGCCUAACAACGGUGGCGGAGUCAUCGGGAGCUAUUAUCCACCGCCCUCUAACGCUUACCCGACAGGGCCGGCACCACCGCCUCCCAAUCCAAUUGUCCCUUAUUUCCCCUUCUUUUACCACACUCCACCACCCCAUGCUCAGUCAUCUUCUUCCGUUUCUCUCCUGAAAUUCAGGGAUUCCACAAAUUUCUUUAUCACCAUUUUAUUAUCCAUCAUUUUUAUUUUUUUCAAGUGAGGGGGGAAAAGAAAAUGUUGGAUAAAUUUUUUUUUUUCCCCCACUUCUUUGAUCUUCUUUUUGGAGGACACAAAAAAAAAAAAUUAUUAUGGAAUAAUUUCUUUUUUAUGUCAGAUUCACAGAUCUACAACCACCACCAGCCCACCACCUAGCUGAGCUGAGCUGACAGAAAAAGAGAAGGUUCUGAUCUUCCCGAAAUUCUUGAUGCAUGAGAGAUGAUCACUUAACUGCUUCAUUCAGCCUGUGGAAUAAUCUGUAAAUUUUUUUGACAAAUUUUCCUCUAUUUUUUUUUUUUUUCCAUUUUGCCUUUAAGAAGUUGAUAGAUUAAUGUUAUAUAGAUGUAACAAAAGCUACUCAAUUUUUCUCAUGAUGUUAAUUUACAAUUCUACUUUCAGAUUUCCCUCUUUUUUUUCUUUUUUUUUCCCAAUAGUUUUACCUUUUGGUCGACUCUAGUUCUUAAGUCUGAACACAUACAGUACAAUUUCAUCAACUUGUUUACCAUCAAUUAUGAUGUAUGGUAUUGGUAUCUAUUAGAUUAGGGUGCAAUGUAUUAUUGUCAGGAUAAUGGGGAUCAUAAUUGGUAUACUACAAUUUAAAGGCUCCCAGUGGUGUUGACAGCACUUACACAUAACACCAUAUGUUAGUAGUAUGUAUAACUUUCUAAAAGUCCUUUACUUUUUGAUAUUAUUGUUGCUAUGAAGAAUUUAAAAAAAAAAUGAUAAAAACGACAAGCUUUUACACCUUUUAUUCUUCCCAGCUUACAUUCUGACAAUAUAUAUAUAUAUGAUACGGUGUACAUCUAAUGAAUUAACGAGUAAUUAAGAACGUUAAUUAGUUGUAGAACUCUUGUACUAGCUACAUCAUAGAAUUGUUCAAAAAUAUAUAAUAAAUUGAUUUUUAGGUUUCACACUAAGAAAUUUAUUUAUAUUUGAGUAUUUGGAAAAGUGAGGAGGCCAAAGGCACAUGCUGGGAUUGCCCAACCAAGAUCAUAUAUAUUUCCAGUUGAGAAAGAAGAAUCUUGAAAAGGUGGGCAUUCUUUGUGGACGUGGAAUGCGAAUUUCAUCUUCACGGCCGGCCGGGUCCCCCGAAAUUUUGGUCACGAAAUCUCGCUUUCUUGUCGGCCUCCUGAGAAUUACGACAUCUAUUAACUCAUUUAUGUGUAUUACUUACUGCAACAUUAGUCCUCAAAAAGAAACAAACAAAAGAAGAGAGUAGCUGGUUGAGAGUUCCAAAUUAACUAAAUGACACUAACUAAUCAGUUAUGUUUGAAACUGAACAACAUUUGCGAAAGUGAAUAGACACACGAAUUAACCCUUGUUUGGAUUUUAAAGGUUAACUGAUCCAUUUAAGCGGGUUGAAAUGAAUUCAG